AUGAAAGUGCCAGCUGCCACGUCAUACAUAUAUCCAUGUUCGUGGAGAGGCAGACAGUUUUGUAAACAUGAGGUGAAGGAGGAAGAUGAUUGUCGUUCAUCGUCUACCACGACGUCGUCUUGGGUCGGGAUGAAUAGUGAUGAUGUGUCUGGACGUUCCUCCUACGAAGAUGAAGUUCAAAGCUCCUUUAAUGGUGGCUUGGACACCAUGGAUUCGCUCCAACGGGUUUUGCCUGUCAGGAGAGGCAUCUCGAGUUUUUACAAUGGCAAAUCCAAGUCUUUCACAAAUUUGGCUGAAGCUACAUCGAUUUCAACAGUUAAAGAGAUUGCAAAACCCGAAACCGCCUACGCACGGAGGAGGCGAAACCUAUUGGCAAUGAACCAUGCAUGGAACAAGAAGUUAAAAAGAUCAAGCAAAAGUACAUUGCCCUUGCUAGCAGUUGCCAUGAGCGCUACCACAAGUGACGACUCUGCUUCCAACUUCAUGCCCUCAACUUCUUCCUCCUUUGCACCCAACCUUAAACCACAACCUUUUUUCAAUAUUAUAGCACCCCAUCCACGUUGUGGGCUGAUGUACGGGACUGUACCACUUGUGGGCAGCACUCAUCCACGUUGA